AGAGUCCCGUGCCGGGCACGCGGCAGCCGCAUGCGCCGGGUCCGCUUGAGGGCUCAGGCCAAUGAAGUGGUCUGGGGCAGGGGCCCCAUGCCUGGUGCUUCUGACCGUGAGCCUCGUGGAGGUGUCACACAGCAUCGCCAUCCAGUCCUAUGCUGAACAGUUGAAGGAGGCACAAGCGGCGGAGGUGCAAAGCGAUCGCUUCUACGCCGAGGUGGCGCUGGCACAGGAGGCGGACGAACGGCAUCUGGCGGAACUGGCAGCUCCGCAGGUCUCCGUCUCCACGGCACUGGCGAUGCUUCGAGGUGUGCUGGCUGAUGGCAAGGCACGGGUGGCCAAGCUGAACAAGCAAGAGGAGGAGUCCAAAGAGCUCUUCCAGAAACAGGAGCGAAGCCACCAGGAGAAGGUCACGAAGAUUCGAGCAAGCUUCCAAGCGAAGAAGAUCUCGAAGGAGUUCUUGGACUCGGAGCUCAAAGAAGAGACGCGCAUUUGGAGCUACUGGUCCAAGGUGCGUGAGCACGAGCACAGGCAGUUUCUGGCUGCUUUGCGGAUUCAACAUGCGACCAUGCGAAAGGUCAGCAACAUGUUGAAGAGAGCAGAAAGUCCGCACUGAGGUCAAAACCGUUCUGGAGCGGCAAGGUGUUGCCACCUCCUCGCGGGUCAAAAAACGCA